AUGUCAGUCCAAGAUGUCCAAGUCUUCACUCUCCAUGUCGCACCGCAAUUUGAGCGGCUCUCAGCAGAGGAGAAGAGAUAUGCACACCAUAUGGCUCGGGCUGCUUGGCAUGGAGCAAGAAUCAUUUUGAGCCAAGUGUCUCCUGAGGCUCCCGCCAUUUUCGAUUUUAUUCAAGAACUUUAUCACUCCUGCUCUGGACGCUGGGAAGAUAUUGUUGACUCUGGUGUAUCCAAAGCCAACCUCGAUAACUUUUUGAGUUAUGCUGCGACCUUCUUAUCAAAUAUUGGGAAUUAUUAUGGUUCCGGAGACCAAAAGUUCAUUCCCGACGUCGACAUAGAGGACCUUGAGAAGCUUUCCAGAAAGUCUGCAAAAUUGUCAAGCUUGUACGACCAAAUUUCUGUGGCAGUUACUUCAAGACCACCUUAUGGCCUUGGAUAUUCAAGUGACAGCACUCAGAGUACCUACUAUCCUGAUGUCCACCUAACGAAAGACUCCAUUGAUGCUGUAUCAAAGAUACUCGAGGAGCAUUCGAUAUUCCCCGAGAAUACAAGACUCCGCAGGGCAGAGAACGGCAAAGACUUUGAGGUGCUUGUCGCUUCUGUCCAAACCAACGACAGCAAUGAUCUUCAAGUCUUAAGUCUGCCUGAUGGCGGUGGACUCGUCACGCUUGUUCACGGCGACCACGCUACAGCACUAGGGCAAAUUUGUACUGAGAUUUCCAAGGCCUCAUCUUACGCUGCCAACGACACACAGAGGGCCUUUCUAUCCAAAUAUGUUGAGAGCUUCCAGACCGGGAGCCUUGAUUCGUACCGGGAGUCACUGCGGCUCUGGGUACGAGACAAAUCACCAAGGAUAGAGAACAUCUUCGGUUUUGUCGAGCCAUACCGCGAUCCUCACGGGAUUAGAGCGGAGUUUGAAGGGUUGGUGGCCAUCGCGGAUGACGAAGAGACCAGACUCCUUGCCAUGCUGGUCCAGAACUCCGCAAAAUUCAUCAAGCGCCUACCAUGGGCGAGCGCGGACAAUGAUGGAAGAGGCCACUUCGAAAAGAACAUGUUUGAACCGCCUGACUUCUCGAGUAUCCACACACUUGCGUACUGCUCAAGUAUCAUAUUCCCGGGUAUCAACCUCCCGAAUUACAAUGACAUACGGCAGGAGGUGGGAUUCAAGAAUGUGAUCAUUGCGAACCGCAUGAUCACCGAAAGUCAAGCGGUACAGUACCCGUUCAUCGAUGCAUCGGAGGCAGAGCAGUUCAAAAAGCACAAGUAUCCCGCGUACUACUGGUGGGUUGUGCUUCACGAGCUUCUUGGGCAUGGUACUGGAAAGAUGCUGGCAGAGACUCAACCAGGGGUGUACAACUUCGGCAUCGAUGACAGACCAGUCAACCCUCUCGAUGGCAACCCAAUCGAGAGCUGGUACAAGUAUGGCCAAACCUGGACAGGCCAGUUCGCAGACCUCUCGACUACAGUUGACGAAUGUAGAGCCGAGCUUGUGGGCGCGUACCUGAUGGAUGACGACGAGCUCCUCGAACUUUUCGGCUUCACCGAAACCUCUGAGAUCAAAGCUGAAGAUCUGACCUACAAUCUUUAUCAGCAACUGGGCGUUGAUGGCUUGAGGGGUCUUGCCAACUUCAAUGUUGCCAGCGGCAAUUGGGGCCAAGCUCAUAGUCGAGCUCAUUUUGCGAUGCUGAAAACCCUGUUACUCGACGGCAACGGGGUUAUGACUAUUGCGCACGACGCAACAAGAAGAUCCCUCACGGUUCGUGUGGACCGCUCAAAGAUUCGGACAGGUGGCAAAGCCGCGCUAGGGAGGAUGCUCCUUCGGUUACAUAUGUAUCGAUGCACCGCUGAUGUUGCAGCAUGUCGCGCCUAUUAUGAAGACUUAUCACGGGUUGAAGGGGAGUAUCUUGACUGGCGAGAGACGGUUCUAACCAACAAGCCACCUCCCAUGGUGUUUGUUCAGGCAAACACGUUCUUGGCCGAGGGUGACGUGAUACUCAAGGAGUAUCCGGCAACGGUAGAAGGUCUUAUUCAGAGCUGGGCCGAACGAAACAUCUGA